AUGGACCCCGUUGCAACACCCUCCAGGAUAUCCAGAUUCGAUUCGCGCUUCCGUCACCGAGCGCAAAACGUCCCGCUCCAGAGCGAACCUGUGCCGCAAUCUGAAGAGAAAGAGGAGGAAUCAAGCCAGGACGACUUUAUCCCUGAACUGAGAGCCAGAGACAGCAUGAGCAGAGGCCAUCGCUUCUUUCACCGUCGUGCUGCGCUAGGCAACACGAAGGUUGUCACUGUCGCCGUCGAAGUAGUGGGAACCGUCGAUACCAGUGGAAGUUUUAUCCCCCAGGAGACUAUGGCGCCCGUCACACCUCAGUCCCCAGAUGCACCUGCACUACCGACUGCUGCAGCAGUCGCAGCGCCUUCACCCGCACCAGCGCCCUCGGUAGCUCCCGCGGCGCAGCAACCACUGCCCUCCGCUCCCUCACCCGGUGUUCCAGCAGUACCAGCAGUACCUACAGUUGCGGCUCCUCCCCUGUGCCUCUAUCAGAUUACCAUCAUCUCCUCGGAUGCUGCGUCAACAACAGCAUACUAUGGUGGUGCCGGUGGGGACGCGUCUGGAACGGCGGCUGCCCCUGCUGCCACCACAGCAGGCAUCUCAGAUGCUGAUGCCGACACCGCUCCUUCUCCACUUGAAACCCCACAGGUCGUCGGAAGUGUAGUGGGCAGUUUGGCAGGCGCUGCGCUCAUUCUCGCCAUAAUACUGCUGCUGCUUAGACGUCACAAGCGGAAGCAGGGCGGUGCUUUACAACUCACUGGCGACGAUCACACCGAUAACAACCAGUCGAUGAGGCAAGCACCCACCACAGCUAGUAAUUUGGCUCCUAUCGCCUUCUUGAACCGUUUCUCUGGUUUGUCAGGCAAGACUGCGGAAACCAACCUCAGUGGUGGUGAACGCAGCUUUCAACGGGUGUCAGGGCGCAAGCUUCCUUCCGCCUUCAGCGAGGGCAUGACAUCAGAUCAGUUCUCUCGUGGCGGCACAAUGUCUGGAUCUUCUUUCUACCAAGAUGAACACGGCACAUAUGGCGGUCCCGGCAUGUCAAAAGAGUUUGGCAAGGAGAUCGGUGACAGCCCAACGAACCGAGAGUCAGGACCCAUGAACAUUCGACCCAGCCCAGCCAGGACACCAGUCAUACGGCAUCCUGAUGAGGGCAACCCCUUCUCGGACCGCCACUAUCUCAGUCCGCCACAAUCUCCAAAUCCUGAUGCCCCACCCAGAGGCACUCUUGGUAGAAGUCUGCCUUCGGCGGAUGGAUCCAGGUCAUCUCGGUUUACAGAGAACGUUUGA